UGAAGCAGUAAUGAUAAUAAUAAAGCUACCCUUGUCAAAUUUAUAAGCCUUUUUUAAAAAUUAAUUCUCAUUGCCUUUCUUUUCUUCUACUAUAGUUUGAAAAGGAUGGCUUCCUUGUAGUGGAGAAUUUUCUAACAAGAGAAGAGGUGGAGUCACUCAAGUCAGAAUGCCAUGACAUUGUCCAGAACAUGGAUCCAAAACAGCAUGCAAGGUGUACGUUUGACACAUCUGAACAUAGACAGGCUCGGAAUCAAUACUAUAUGACCAGCGGAGACAAGAUCAGAUUUUUCUUUGAGAAAGAGGCAUUGGACAAGGAAGGAAAUCUUUUGGUUGACAAACACAGUAGCCUCAACAAAGUAGGUCAUGCCCUUCAUGAACUCUCACCUCCUUUCAAGAAGGUUUCCUGCUCCAAGAAAGUACAGGAUAUUGCAAGAAACUUAGACUUCAAGAAGCCUGUUAUUGCGCAGAGCAUGUACAUCUUCAAACCCCCACACUUUGGAGGAGAAGUGGGUGCCCAUCAGGAUGCCAUCUUUAUGUACAACACUCCCCUCAAAUUGAUUGGUUACUGGAUAGCUCUAGAAGAUGCAGAGAUUGAUAACAGUUGUCUGCAUUUCAUUCCAGGUUCUCAUUCACGUGACAUCACAACAAGAAUGGUAAAAGAUCCAGACGGCACUGCAACCUACUUCACGGGCGAUCCCCACCCCAUGAAGAUAUCUGAUGAGGAUUUCAUUCCGGUUCCUGUCAAAGCAGGAUCACUGAUUCUCAUUGAUGAAAAAGUUAUUCACAGGAGUUCCCAGAACAUAUCGGAUAGAUCCCGACAUAUCUACACAUUCCAUGUUGCAGAGUCUGAGAAGACUGAAUGGAGCAAAGAAAACUGGUAG